CGCCUGGUCUGUUCAACGGGCUGUUGUUCGCCAGGCAGCGGCUUAAAUCCUUCGCUGGGCUUCGGCUCGUACAGCUACACCGCGCGCGCUCUGUUCGGAUGCGUUUUAAUGCUAAUAAUAAAGAGCUGCGUGCCGCCAGCAGUAAUUACAGAGCAGAGGAAGCUCGAGAAAGCCGCGUCCAGCCAGCUGCAUGGGUUGAGCAAUGUAGUGCGGCGAGUUUGUGCUGCCUGCCUGAGAGAAUCCAUCAGAGAAACAAACCGCCCCCUCCCACUCCGAGUGCCCCCGCUUCAGAUGCAACUCAAAAUACAUGAAGCCUCCAUGUUGCACAGGGAAUGAAGGGCCACUGGAUAUGAGCCGUUCGCCUCAAAGUGUCCGCCAACUUUACCGCUAAACUACUUGCUGCACGUUUAUGGACGAGAACAAUCAUCCGACGGGCUUCCUAGUGUUUUCAGCGCUGUUCCAGACACGGCCUCACAUUUUUUUUUUGGAUGAUCCGAGCUUCACGGCUAACUCGCUAACCCGAGCUACCUGCUAACUUCACUUAGUUAGCAAUUCAACGUCGCUUUUUAUUUUUAUUUUUUAUUGUUUGUUUGUUUUUUAGCCACGCACGCUGUCGGUUUUUUGCCCACAAACAGACUUGUUUGUAGCGAUGAUAUUUUGCGGAAAGCCAUAAAUGACAGCCAGUCACUGGCUUCCCUUCACCACCGUGCUAGCUGGCUGGCUACCACCGCUGCCACAACACUUCGCCUCGGAUCGUUUCCUGGCUUUGUGGGCUAGCUGCUCAUGUUAGACGGCUAGCUAACGGUAGCUAGCAAACGAAGCAAGCGCGCUAGUACGAAUAACAUUGUGGGAAACAAAACAGGAAUAUCCACUCGUCUAAAUGGACCACAUGUCCAUAAUAACCCAAGUUUCCAACCCUAAGGAGGAGGAAAUAAUAUCCUUUAACCAGGAAAAAGCAUCCCAGUCAAACAGCAGCCUAAAGAAGCAGAGGAGCCGGAGCAUCUUCAGCACAUUCUUCUGCUGCUUCCGCAACUACAAUGUAGAGCCGCCAGCCGCCAACACCAACACCAGCUCCCUGCCUCCACCUGUUGAGGAGAAUGGAUCACCUCCCAAGUGUGACCAGGUCGAGGUCAUCCCUGUCCCUAGUCCACCAGCCAAAUACCUCCUACCAGAGAUGAAAAUAUCUGACUAUGGCAAAAAGUGUGUGGUAAUUGACUUGGAUGAAACGCUCGUCCACAGCUCAUUUAAGCCCAUCAGUAACGCUGAUUUCAUUGUCCCAGUGGAGAUCGAUGGUACCGUUCAUCAGGUAUAUGUGCUGAAAAGACCCCACGUGGACGAGUUCCUUCAGAAGAUGGGAGAGCUAUUUGAAUGUGUGCUCUUUACAGCCAGCCUUGCCAAGUAUGCAGACCCUGUGGCAGACCUGCUGGACCAGUGGGGCGUGUUUCGAGCGCGACUCUUCAGAGAAUCCUGCGUCUUUCACAGAGGGAACUACGUCAAAGACCUCAGCCGACUCGGGCGAGAGCUCAGCAACGUUAUCAUCGUUGACAAUUCACCCGCCUCCUACAUUUUCCAUCCAGAAAAUGCUGUCCCAGUCCAGUCCUGGUUUGACGAUAUGAAUGACACAGAACUCCUGGACCUGCUGCCUUUCUUUGAGGGACUCAGCAAAGAAGAAGAGGUUUACGGAGUGCUGCAAAAUCUGAGAAGCAGGUAGCAGGACACAGCGCAGCGCCGCCCGUGCUCUCCAUCCUCCUGUCUGCCGAUCUCUGCCGAUCUCUGCCCCUUUCUACCGCCGCAUCUCUCAGACUCAGGCAGAUCCUCCCACGCCGCGCCCCGUCGGGACGCCCUGGAGUCUCACUGUGGAAACCUUCACGUCACCCCGUCUCCGCUCUCAUCUCCUGGUGACCGGCUGCCUUCUGAGUGCCAUCAAAAAUACAAAAAUACUUAAUAUCCCAGGAGCACUGUGUCUCACAAAAAAAAAAAAACCCACACCAGAAAGUGCACAGAGCAUCUUAAGUUGAUAAUAUCGGGGACAAAAUAUUAAGAGGAAUGAACUCUGGUCUUUAUUUUCAAAUCAACAAAGUUUUACUAUUCGGUGAAGUGCUUAUUUUAAAACCAAAAAAGAAAAAAAAAAAAGGAAACAUCUCUUUGUCUGAGACUUGUUUUGUGGUACAACACAAAACGCUGAAAAGAUUUUGUCCUCAUAUUGUUGCUAUGCAGGCAGUUUCUGGUAGUAGAAAGGACUGUGAUUCUCUUUUCUUACUGAAUGAAGUGCCUUGUGUGAAUGUUGUUUAUAUGGGGAAAUAUUUUGUACAUGGCAUAUUUCCAGAGUACUUCAGUCUUUUCACACAAUAUGCUUUAAAGUGGACACAGAAGUAUCUUUAUAUGAAAAAGUUUUACUCCACUUUUUUUGAUCAUCAAAACGCUGGGCAACUGUCUCAUAGUAUUCUUUAUUUUCUCAGUAUGCUUGUGCCAUUAUUUAGAUGUGACUUUUGUUUCUUUCUGCUUUCAUUAUACGUAGAAAUAGUUCAUUUGUUUUAGGCGAAGGAGCGAACUUCCCGCUCCACCUGCAAGUACAGUAGUUCUUUGUGUUUGAUAAUUUGAUCUGAAAGCUCUGAUAAAACUGUGCCAUUUGU